AUGCAGAACCAAUCGGCUCCAUUCCUCACUGCUGGCGGCCGUGAUCUGUAUUCGCUGCUGAAAAACCUGGCAUUCCCCGAGGUUCCCGCCAAACUACCAUACGAAUCCUUGAAAUCGCUCCUGCUCAACCACCUGCCUACUGAAUUCCAAGCCCACAAACGUGCUAAAUUCAAUUCCAUGAUCCGUGCUGACCACAUGUCUUGCCGUGAUUUUAUCCUGCAGCUAAACAGACAGGCAUCACGCUGCAACCACGGCGAUCGUUUGAAAGAACAGAUGUGUGACCGUUUGUUAGCGGGCAUCAACAAUCUCACUCUGCAACGCAAAUUACUGGAGAAGAAGGAUUUAACUUUUGCCGAAGCCCGGAAAAUUUGUGAAUAG